GAGCGUUUGAGGAUUAUGCUCCUAGGGAAGUGUGGAGCGGGAAAGAGCUCAAGUGGGAACACAAUGCUCAAUAAAAUGGUGUUUAAAUCUGACAUGAAGCUGAAGAGAGUCACAGUCCACUGUGAGAAGGAGGAUGGGAUGGUUGAGGACACGCCUGUUGCUGUCAUUGAUACGCCUGGGCUUUUUGAGAAAGACCGAAAAAAGGAAGAAAUCAGCCGAGAGAUUCUCAAACGUGUGAAGCUCCAGGAGCCGGGCCCUCAUGUCUUUGUGUACGUGAUUCCUCUAGGACGGAUGACCGAGGAAGACCAAAACACUCAGGGGCUAAUCAAAACCAUGUUCGKCCCCAGAGUUUGGGAAUACACUAUUGUGCUUUUCACCCACGGGGACCGUCUGGAAGGUAAAACAAUAAACAACAUCAUCACAGAGAGCGACGACAACCUMCGCAACUUCAUACGCAAGUGCAGCGGUGGCUUCCAUGUCUUCAACAACAAAAACCCAGAGGACCAGACACAAGUGGUGCGCUUCAUGGAGAAGAUCCAGACCCUGGUGGCCCUAAAUGGAGGCGGUCACUACGAAACCCAUUUUUAUCCCAAACAGGAAAGACUGAUCAGGGAAAGGCAGAUGAGCAUCCUGACAGAGAGAGAUGGAGACAUCAGGAGGAAGGAGGAUGACCUCAAGAUGCAUUACAAGGGGGAGGAGCUCAAGAAGGAGAUUACAACACUCUGGAGAAAAGAGGAGGAGAAUGCACGAAAAGGUGCAGAGAAUGAAAUGAGAAACAACAAGGUGUCGAAUGUCCUCCUGUUUCUGGGUUUUGUAGGUCUGUUAUUUGGGCUUGUUUUACAAGUUUCCUGGAAAUACCUUGUAGCAUUCCUAGUKAUCUGGAUUGGGAUGUUCUUCAAGGUAUUUUCAAUCUCUCUACGUAAAAUAUCCUGGUUGUCAAUGAAAAAAUGAUCCAGAUUGUCACACAGUUAUUAUCCAUGUUUUGCUGUUAAUUCUGAUGGAACAGAUGGUGUUAGCACAUAAUCAGAAACUACUGAUUCACUACAAUGAAGAGUUUGUCCAUCAUGUGACACAACAGUAAUAAUACUUAUUUAUGAGUUGUUUGUAGUGUUUUAAACAUCCAUUUGAUUGUUGCACRCAUUGUGCUGACUGUCAAAUCUGUUUGGAACUAUAAUUUAACAUGUAUGAUUUUGUCUUAAUGAGUAUGCUUAUACAAAUAAAGGUGAAUGUCCCAUGUU